AUGGCGGCUAUCUCAAUAGCCAAACUCAACGAAUUUUUAAGUCGAGUGUGCCCCGAUGUUUGGGCUACGUUCUUAGCUCAACGUAAUGUGCCCACCGCUGAACGCCCCGUACUACGGAUCGACGACCCUAUGUCGCCGAGUACCGGGCCCUCGACCCCUGUUUACGAUACCGCGUACCCCGCGCCUUCUGCGCUCUACACUCGCGGCACUCCCUGGUGUUUUCGGACGCCGAAUCAGGCUCCGAGAUGGAGACAGAUAACAUCCGACCCAAAAAACCCGAUGACGAAGGCUUCACCCUAG